AAACUCCCUGGACCUGCCCAGUACAUUAUGUCAGCUGUCAAUGACACCAAAUUCAACUCUGUAGUGUUCUUUCUCACUGGGAUACCUGGGCAGGAAGACAUCCAUCUCUGGAUUUCUAUCCCCUUCUGCUUCAUGUAUGCUAUUUCAAUAGUAGGAAAUUCAGUCAUUCUGUUCAUUAUAAAAACAGAUCCAAGCCUCCACGAGCCUAUGUACAUUUUCCUUUCCAUGUUGGCCAUCGCAGACCUUGGCUUAUUGAUAGCCACCAUGCCGACGAUACUGGGAAUAUACUUGUUUAACUCUAGGGAGAUCAGCCUGGAUGCCUGUUUUACCCAGCUGCUCUUCAUCCCCUCACUUCAAUGCAUUGAAUCCUCCGUGCUCUUGUUGAUGGCCUUUGACCGCUUCAUCGCGAUCUGUUACCCACUGAGAUAUGCUUCUAUCUUAACCCUGCCAAGAAUAGGCAAGAUGGGACUGGUGUGUGUGUUAAGAGGAGUGGCUGUAACUCUCCCACUCCCCAUUCUCCUGAAACGGUUCCGAUACUGUCGAGACAAUGUCGUCUCCCAUUCGUACUGCGUGCACAAUGAGGUCAUGAAGAUGGCUUGUUCAGAUAUCACAGUCAAUAACAUCUAUGGCUUGUUUACUAAACUCUUAACGAUGGGAUUGGACUCGCUGCUUAUCUUUCUCUCUUAUGUGAUGAUCCUCAAAAUAGUGCUAAGCAUCACGUCCCACACAGAGUGUCUCAGGGCCCUGAACACCUGCGUCUCCCACCUCUGCGCCGUCCUGCUCUUCUACACACCAGCAAUCGGAUUGUCUGUGAUACACAGAUUCAGGGAGGGCUCUUCUCCCAUGCCUGAGAUUAUCCUGGGCUACAUCUCUAUGCUGGUCCCACCCCUGAUGAACCCAAUUGUGUACAGUGUGAAAAGCAAACACCUUCGUGUGAGGAUAAUCAGAGUGUUCAUCAAAUGA